AUGGUUGAUCAAACCACUAAUUCAACUACACAAGUACCAGGCGAAGCUAUGGCGACUGUCGAUAAUGAGUUGCCAGAAAAGUUAAGCCACAAUCAUCCUCUUUUUCUACACACCAUUGACAAUUCUGGUGUACUGUUCAGUUCAAUUCAAUUGACUGGAGCCGAUAAUUUUUUUAUAUGGAGUCGAGCAUUGAAGAUUGCAAUUCUAGGUCGUAAUAAGCUGGGGUUCAUCGAUGGUUCAUGCAAAAAGGAGGCAUAUGGUCCAAAUCUGGUGAAUUUAUGGGAACGCUGCAACACAAUUGUAUUGUCAUGGAUCAUGAACUGUGUUUCAAAAGAAUUACUUGGAGUUAUUGUCUACUCCACAAAUGAUGCAUCUGUAUGGAAGGAUCUGGCUGAACGAUAUGAUAAAGUCGAUGGAUCUCACAUCUUUUAA